AAUGAUUUGUAAAUCAAUCUUGUGCCUUCUGGCUUUUGGAAUAUCGCUUUUAAGCGCCCAGUUAUGCCCCUUAGUUUUACCUGAGGGAGAAUGCGUUUCAAAUUCCAGCCCAUGUCCUAUGGGCAAAAUUCAGAGUGACACUUUUAAUUGUGGAUCUUCAACACUUCAGUGCUGCUAUACUCCUGCACCGGAAGAUCUACCCGAGCCACCUUGUGGAUCGAGAAGUCCAAUAAGUAGAAUAUUUAAUGGUAAAGACGUUUUAAAUGCAUGCAAAUGGCCGUGGGCAGUUCAAAUCAGAACUAGACUUAGCGGAAACAACGACCCACCGGGAUUAAGCAAUACCUACCAAUCAUGUAAUGGCGUUCUUGUUCGACCAGACAUCGUUCUGACAAGUGCCUGUUGCAUUCAGACUGCCUCACUUUUAAACGGAAAUCGACCUGCAAACGAAUCCUUACUGGUCAUAGCUGGAGAUUAUAAUGUCGAUGAAUUUGAUUUUCAAGGCACAAGUUUGAGAGAGAAAUUUGUAACAGUAAAUAAAGCAUAUAUUCACCCUGGAAAUUUUAAAAAGGACGUAACAACAUUUAAUAUUAGCGAUUUAUAUGAUGAUUUAAGAGCAGAUUAUAACAUUGGUGUGUUGAAACUAGAGUAUCCCGUUGAUCUUGGCGAUUGUAUAGAAUUAGCUUGCUUACCAUCAAUGGAUGACAUUACAAACCUUUCACCGAAUGAGUUGUAUAGCUUACCAUGUCAUAUAGCUUCCUGGGGACGUCACAGUACCUCAGUUGAUAACUCUGUCAUACUUAGAGACGCUCCAUUCAACAUCUACCCUGAACCUAUUUGUAAUCUUAUUGACCCAUCUUUCCGUUCUGGAUCAACAUGUGGACGAACAGUUCAAGGCAGUAUGCAGGGGGUUUGUUCGGGAGAUGAUGGAGGUAUGGUUAUUUGUGAAGAUCCAAAUACAAAUAAAUACAAGUUGUUCGGCAUGAUUAACUUCUGCAAAACGGAGGGAUGUAUAGCGCCAGUUGGUAAUGAACUGGUUCCAAUCUCUAAUCUAAGAGAACAAAGUACAAUGUCUUGGAUCAAUGACAUUAUUCAAGGAAAUGUUUAAUCGCCCCAUUCGUUAAAUGUCAGUUGUGCAUUUUAUCGAAUAAAAGCUUUCAUAGUUA